GAACUUCCCCCUCCUGACGCUUGUUAAGCUCCAACUCCAACCACCAGCGACCUCACCUCACCUCUCCUCGCCGCCCAGAAAUCUAUGGCCUACACCUCCUCCCUCCACCUCUCCAAGCACCUGCUCCUCCCCAAGGCCCACCGCGGCAGGCACCCCUCCUCCCGCUCGCCGUCCUUCGUCCCGGCGGCCAGGGUCAACGGCGCCCCGCACGUCAACGGGAAGGCCAGCAAAUCCCCCAACGGCAAGGUACAGAUCAACGGCGGCGACGGUAAGAAAUCGGGCGCCGUCAACGGCCGCGGCAAGAAGGUACCACCCGGCGUCCUCAACGGUAAGACGCACCACGUGAACGGCGGCCAUGACCGGAUCCACCUCUCGGUGAGCACGGGCCCCGGGGGCCAGGACGGGACCGGGCUCCGCGUCGCGUACCAGGGCGCCCCGGGGGCCUACAGCGAGUUCGCGGCCAAGACGGCGCUGCCCGGGUGCGAGACCGUGCCCUGCCGCGCCUUCGCCGACGCGCUGGCGGCCGUGGACCGCGGCGUCGUCGACCGCGCCAUCCUCCCCGUGGAGUCAACCAUGGAAGGCACCGCGCUGCGCAACUACGACCUGCUCCUGCGCCACGACCUGGUCGUCGCGCAGGAGAUCAACCUCUUCGUGCACUACUGCCUGCUCGCCAUGCCCGGGGUGCGCGCCGCCGAGGUGCGCCGGGUCAUCAGCCACCCCAUGGCGCUCGCGCACUGCGGCCGCGCCCUCGAGCGCCUCGGCGUCGACCGCCAGCCCGUCGAGGACACCGCGGGCGCCGUCGAGAUGCUGCGCUCCAACAUGAUGCUCGACACCGCCGCCAUCGCCAGCCCGCGCGCGGCCGACCUCUACGGCCUCGACGUCCUCGCGCACGGCCUGCAGGACGAGUCCUGGAACGUCACCCGCUUCCUGCUGCUCUCCAGGCCGCCCUCCCCCGUCGAGCUCCCCGCCGACGCCGACGCCAAGACCAGCAUGGUCGUCGCGCACCGCGGCGGAUCCAUGGCCGUCGUGCUCAAGGUGCUCUCCGCCUUCUCCUCCCGCGGCAUCAACAUGUCCAAGCUCGAGAUCAUCAACAACGAAGGCGCCGGCGGCGCCGGCGAGCUGCGUCCGCCGGUCAUGAUCCUCGACACGGGCGCCCGCGGGGCCCCGACGCUGCGCUCCUUCCCGCACGUCCUCUACGUCGACUGCGAGGGCGCCGCCGACGACCCGCUCGUCCGCGACGCAAUCAAGGAGAUCGAGAAGUUCGCCGUCUUCGUCCGAAUCCUCGGCUGCUACGCCGCCGACACCAACGUCUACGAUCUGCAAUGAAGAGGACAACAAUUGAUGCAGUUCAAGUGAUCGAAUUAGCUAGUUCGACACAAUUGGACCAGAAUUGGACUUGGAAAUAUCCAUCCAUUCUAGUACUCCACCAUACUGUAUUCAGUAGGAAUCUUGUUUUUGCUGCUCAGCUACUGCUACUUAAUUCUUGUACAGAUGCAAUAAUAAACUUUCGGUCGCUAA